UUGUGUUUUGAAUGGUCUAAGUUAUCGUCUCUUGUUUUUAUAACAUUUUACACUUCAUCGCAUUAUUUGUAGUAAUUAAUUGUGUUAAAUUAAAAUUAGUGUUUGCAAGGCCCUGUGCAAACAGUAACAUAUACAAAUUAUUGUAAUGUGCAGCUAUGGACACAGAAAGUAAGUUACAUUUCGAAUGUCUUUGUCGUACGUGCAUGUAUGAAGUGCCUGAGGCGAACUGUUUUUCCGCUUCCACCAACGAUGAUGCAGAACAACAAUUGCAAUCCAUCUUUACCACCGUAGCUGAAUGUGGUACAAUGCGCAUUGCAGAUUUGCUAGGUAGAACUAUGCCACAACUACAACUAAACCUAAGCGAGGAGCUGCCACAGCACAUAUGCCGUGUAUGCCUACAACAAUUGCUGAGUGUGUAUCGCUUUCAACAGAUGUGCAUACAAUCCGAACACCAAUUGCGAGAGUGGCUAGCUAGGCGAUACACUGAUUUGAAACCUAUAACAGAUAUUAUAUCGGAAACAAAAUUGUUUACACUACCGGAACCGGUGCUAGACACAAAUCAUAUUGACACUCCAAAUGAUGGAAUAGCACCCUCAAAUGUAGAUGAUCCACUACAGAGCAUUGCUGAUAUAAUUAAAAUAAACAAAGAUGAGUCGAAUAAUAUUAGUGUGUAUCUCAAAAGAGAGUUAAGUGAUGAAGACAUAUGUACCUCUGGUUAUACUGUUUGCGAAGCCACACAACUAACCGAGCAACUUGUUGCAACACAAAUUAAAGUCGAAAAUGAGACGCCAGUAGCAGCAGCAGCAGAAACAGCAACCACCAGCGAUGAAGUCUCAAGCCAUGAGGAUGUUGAUAGCGAAGAGGACAAAUUGACAGUAAAUGCUUUAUACAAAGCGCCAGUUAAAUGCAAUAUUUCCAAAGAUCUGUCAUCUUCGCAUACCUGCACACAAUGUAAUAAGUCCUUCGCUACACGCCGCUACUUGCUUAGACAUUUCAGACGUCAUAAAAAAGCAGAUAAACAAAAUAAUUCAACUACAACAAGAGAUAAGGAAACGCAUAAUUUCAGUUUAAAAUGCGACAUAUGUGGAACACACUUCAGAAAAGCGGAAAAAUUACAAAAACAUAAAGAGACACAUAUUGAGAACACAGAAACAUUAAACGCAUUACCCGCACCGAACUAUGAUUGUGAUUUGUGUGAUAUGAAAUAUGGCACACGACGCACAUUAACAAAGCACAAACGAUUGCAGCAUGGUGUUGAAAACUCGGAAGUGACAUCUAAGCCCUACUCUUGCGAACUGUGCCAAAAGAGUUUUCAGCAAUCGAGCACACUGAAGGAUCACAUGCGCACACAUACAGGAGAGCAGCCGUAUUUGUGUUCUGAAUGUGGAAAAGCUUUUAGUAGUUCCAGCAAUUUGAAACAACAUUUAUUACGACACACCGGCGUUAAGCGGUACGAGUGCCCCGACUGUCCGAAGAAAUUCCCCUGUCUCAGUGAUUUAGCUUCACACAAAGCAGUACAUCUACAGAUCAAACCACAUGUGUGUGAUAUUUGCGGCAAUGCAUUUGGCAAAGGAUAUCAGUUGAAGAAGCACAAAAUGUAUCAUAAUGGUGAAAAGCCGUACAAAUGCGAAUAUUGUGAGAUGCGUUUUGUGUGCAUGGAUCAUCAGCGUCGUCAUAUGCGCACGCACACGGGUGAAAAGCCCUACAAAUGUAAAUACUGUGAACGGGCCUUUGCCCAAAGCAACGAUCUAAUCAAGCAUUUACGCACACACCUCGGUGAAAAUGUUUAUAAAUGUGAAUUAUGUCCCGGUGCUUUUCGUUUAGCAACGGAAUUGCGCUUACACUUUGCCAACCAUAAGAAUGAUGAUGAGGCGACACGAACGCGAAAUUUGCAAGCGCUUGCCGAAGAGGAGAAUGAGAUGAAAAGUCGUUCGCAAUCUCAAAAAGUGCCAACACCGAAAUAGUCAAGGCUUCUGUUUCGACAAGAGCAUGGUUUAUGAGUCCAUUACUUACAAUUACUUGGCUGACGUUUCAUGAGUAAUGGUGCAAAUUUAAAACAGUAAGUAAUUGUGUGGAAAAGGAAAGAAGCACUUAUAAAAGGCACACUGAGAAGGUACUUAAAUUGAUUUCGAUUUGGUGGGUUAGCGUGAAAGUAUUUAUUAUUAAAUACAUAAUUUGUUUAUAUUUAAUGUGGAAUUUGUACAAACUAGUCUAGACAUUAAAUCAUAAAUUAAAGGAGAUGAGGCUUAAGCUAACCACUUAUAAAAUUAAAGUAAGAUCAAUACUUAAAUUUAA